CGAGCCAGCUCUGCCAGCAAAAGCCCGAGGCUUUGGUCAGCCAGAGUUCCAUAGUCCCCUUCUCAGCUUUCUGGGUCCACUUGUCGUUUCAGGACUCCGUGGAUACGUCGGACACGCCUUUGUCCCAGCUAUCUCUGCCAGCGCAUCACGUCCUUGCGUUUGCAAACUCCUACUAGAAGGAAAACUAAAACCUCCGGGAGGCGGCAUUGGGCGGUUCUUGGGGCGGGUUUGCGUCCUAACUGGGAUUUUGGGAUCUGGGCCACUUUUCCCAUAAGACACCGCGGUUACAGAUGUUCAGACUGGAACUACAUUUCCCAGAAGGCAAUGGGCACAUUCAAUCUGUGGCUUCCCUUCCGAUUUCGCGCGGUUCUUGUGCUUUGCGAGUUAAGGUAUGACCGUUGACUCAACAAACAAAAAACCCUGGAUCAAAGCAAGAAGCUCUGGAUACUCUUUGUUCUUCUCCUAUAGAGAAACCUCAAGGGGGUCUCAUCAGUGUUUGCAGAUAUAAAACCAUGGCAUGUCUUUGGAUUCUCUGGAGUUUGAAUUGUAUUGGAAUCCCGAGGAGGACUGAUCAGGUCUUACAUUUCUAAAACCAUGACCUGUUUUCAGGAAUUAGUGACAUUCAGGGAUGUGGCCAUAGACUUCUCUCAGCAGGAGUGGGAAUACCUGGACCUUAAUCAGAGGGAUUUGUACAGGGAUGUGAUGUUGGAGAACUAUAGGAACCUGGUCUCACUGGCAGGACAUUCCACUUCUAAACCAGAUGUGGUUGACUUAUUGGAGCAAGGCAAAGAACCCUGGAUGAUUUUGAGGGAAGAAACACGGUACGCAGAUUUGGAUUUACAGUGUGAGAUAAUCAGCUACGUAGAAAUGCCUACGUGUGAAACACGUAUAUCUUCUAUACAACAUCAGAGCAUAUAUAACAGAGAGAAACUCUAUGAAUGUAAGAAAUGUCAGAAGAAAUUUAGUAGUGGCUAUCAACUUAUUCUACAUCACAGGCUUCAUAUUAUUGAGAGACCCUAUGAAUGCAAAGAGUGUGGGAAGAACUUUCGUAGUGGCUAUCAGCUUACUCUGCAUCAAAGAUUUCAUACUGGUGAGAAACCCUAUGAAUGUACUGAAUGUGGGAAGAACUUUAAAAGUGGUUAUCAACUUACAGUACAUCAGAGAUUUCAUACUGGUGAGAAAACCUAUGAAUGUAGGGAAUGUGGGAAAGCAUUUAUUUAUGCUUCACACAUUGCUCAACAUGAGAGAAUUCACACUGGUGGGAAGCCUUAUGAAUGUCAGGAAUGUGGGAGGGCCUUCAGUCAAGGCGGGCACCUUAGAAUUCAUCAGAGAAUUCAUACUGGUGAAAAACCCUAUAAAUGUAAGGAGUGUGGGAAAGCUUUCAGUAGGCGCUCAAAUCUUGUUGAACAUGGGCAAGUUCAUACAGAUGAGAAACCUUAUGUAUGUGAGAAAUGUGGAAAGGCCUUUAGAAGAGGUCAUCAACUUAUUGUACAUCAGAGUGUUCACACUGGCAAAAAACCGUAUGAAUGUAAAGAAUGUGGGAAAGGCUAUACCACUGCCUCAUACCUUCUUUUACAUCAGAGAAUUCAUAAAGGCGGGAAACCGUAUGAAUGUAAGGAGUGUAAAAAAACCUUUACUUUGUAUAGAAAUCUUACUCGACAUCAGAAUAUUCAUACUGGUGAGAAACUUUUUGAGUGUAGGGAAUGUGGGAAGGCAUAUACUACUGGCUCAAAACUUUUCCAACAUCAGAAAACUCAUACUGGUGAGAAACCCUAUGAGUGUAAGGAAUGUGGAAAGACCUUUAGCUUAUAUGGGUACCUUAAUCAACAUCAGAAAAUUCAUACUAGUAUGAAACGCUUUGAAUGUAAGGAGUGUAAAAAAACCUUUACUUUGUAUAGAAAUCUUACUCGACAUCAGAGUAUUCAUACUGGUAAAAAACUUUUUGAAUGUCAGGAAUGUGGGAAGGCCUAUAGUACUGGCUCAAACCUUGUUCAACAUCAGAAAACGCAUACUGGUGAGAAACCCUAUGAAUGUAAGGAAUGUGGAAAGACCUUUAGCUUGCAUGGAUACCUUAAUCAACAUCAGAAAAUUCAUACCGGUGUGAAACCCUAUGAAUGUAAGUUUCUGUGAGUCAGGAAUUUGGGAGCAGCUAACCUGGGCAGUUGUGGCUUCAGGUGUCUCAAGAGAUUGCAGUUACCUGAAGGCUUAACUGGAGCUGGAGCAUGUGCAUGCAAAGAUGGCUUAGUUAAAUGGCUGGUAAGUGUAUACUGGCAAGUUGUUUCCUCUCCAAUGGGACCUCUCCAUAUGCUGCUUGAGGAUACUUGGGAUCUUUUUUAUAAUCUCAGUUUGGAAGUUAUUUCCACUACAUUUUACUUAUUAGCAGUGAGUCACUAAGUCUAGCCCACAAUUAGUAGGAGAGGAAUUCAUCUUCACCUUUUGGAGAAAGGAAUGUCAAAACAUUUUCAGACAUAUUUUUAUUUUUAAAACACAACAAAUUCUGACACCAAUCAUUGUUUAACUCUCAAAAAUUAAUACUAAUAAAUGAACUUGGUAACGUCACAUAUGCCAUACUGCUUUUAGUCAUAGCAUAUGCCUUACCUGUCAUCGCUGCCAGCUUACACCCUGUGUGUCAUUGGCCAACACAUGUAUCAUCUAUGGGCAUCCUUUGUAAAAUGUAAUCAAGAACAUACAUGAAAGCCAGGCACAAAGGUGCUCACCUGUAGUUCCGCCUACUUGGAAGGCUGAGGCAGGAGAGUCACAUGAAGCCAGGAGUUAAAGGUUGCAGUGCACUAUGAUUGCACCUGUGAAUAGCCACUGCACGCAAGCCUGGGAAACAUAGCAAGACCCUAUCUCUAAAAAAGAAAAAAAAAAAACCCUACAUGAUAGUCCUGUUAUGGGAAUUAAUUAAAUUAGUACGUGUAAAAUCCUGGAAAAAUUAUCUGGCAUAUAACUUUAUGCUCCAUAAAUAUAAGCUAUUAUAGUUAUCAUUAUUUGUGUUGCUGAUAGUUGGUUUUUAUGAACGAUUCUAGUGGCAUAAUUAAUUUUGAAUAGCUUCUUAAAGCCACUCAUCCAUUAUUACAUUAUAUAUAAUUUUGGAAAUAAAGUAUACAAUUUAGUGUAUAUAAAGAUUUUGAUAAUAGCCAUCAAUUCAUAUUCUCUGUUCACAAUUUAAGAUAAAUUAGGAAUUAAUAAUGGGAUAGCAAAAGUAAAUUGUCUUCUUGGAGAUUUUUCUUAAAUUUAUUUUAGGAAAUAAUAUAUCUAAAUUUGUAAUUCAUGUUAUUUAACAUGCAGAAAAAUAUACCCACCAUAUAUGUUUACAUUCAUGUUAUUUACUUUGUCUCAUUUCUACUUUUCGUAUCUGCUUAUCUAAUGAGUUAUUUCUGUAUUAUAUGAGAGUUAAUUGUAGAUAUCGUGGUACUUCACCCUUAAAUACAUGUAAAUUCCUGGAUAACCGUGAUAUUAUAAUCAUACUGGGAAAACUUAAUAAUUUUCAUAAUAUCUUCAAAUGUGCACCCCAAUAUUUUAAAUAGCUAUUUCUUUGCUUUUCUUUUAUGCU